ACGACCAUACCCUUUCAUUCAUUCAUACUUCGUACUAAAUAGUGAACAAAUCUCCAACCCCCUUGCAUAACUCUCAGAGAAUUACCCUUUCAUUCUCAACUCAUCUUCAUCCAAGCACGUUUCGGGGCAAUUGGUUUAAUUUUUUUUCCUCCAGAGAUAUAUCAAAAGAAGGAAAAGAGAUGAACUGCCCCAAGAAGUUCGGAUUUUGCGCGUUAACCUUUGAAUGGGCACUUAAGAUUUGUUGUUUCUUAAAAGGCCCUAACUGGACUCUCAUCUAAAGUUGCUGUCUUUAUUGCCCAAUUUUAUUUGGCUGCUUCUUGGAUAAUCACCAAGUCAUGGGUUGCUUUUCUCUUCUAUACCGUAACCGUGGCAAGUUUAACUCAUCCACCACACGUUCAUCUGAAUUUGAUGAAGAUCUCUAUGGCAUAAGAAAUGUGAGCGUCUUCUCCUACAAGGAUCUAAGAGUUGCCACCAAUAAUUUCUGUCCUACAAAUAAAAUUGGAGAGGGUGGCUUUGGCUCUGUUUAUAAGGGUAGGCUUAAAAAUGGGAAGAUGGCCGCAAUAAAGGUUCUUUCUGCUAAAUCGAAGCAGGGAGUGCAAGAGUUCUUGACAGAGAUUCAAGUAAUUUCCGAUAUAGAACAUGAAAAUUUGGUCAAGCUGUAUGGAUGUUGUGUGGAAGAUGAGCAUAGAAUUCUUGUCUACAAUUAUCUUCCGAACAAUAGUCUUGGUCAUUCCCUUCUAGGUGGACGGGGCAGUGGCCUCCAAUUUGACUGGAAAACACGGUCAAAAAUUUGCAUUGGUGUGGCAACUGGACUGGCUUAUCUUCAUGAACAAGUGAAACCGCAUAUUGUCCACAGAGAUAUAAAAGCAAGUAAUAUUCUUCUUGACAAUGAUUUGACACCCAGGAUAUCUGAUUUUGGUUUAGCAAAGCUCAUUCCACCAGAUAAGACUCAUAUCAGUACACGUGUCGCAGGAACUUUAGGUUACUUGGCACCAGAAUAUGCAAUAAGGGGUCAGUUGACGCGUAAAGCAGAUAUUUAUAGUUUUGGUGUUCUUCUAAUUGAAAUCAUAUGUGGGAGAUGCAACACAAACACAAGAUUACCCAUUGAGGAACAAUAUCUCCUUGAAAGGGUAUGGCAACUUUAUGAAAGAGGAGAGCUGGUACAACUUGUAGAUUCAUCAUUGGAUGGGAAUUUUGAUGCAGAACAAGCCUGCAGAUUCUUACGAAUUGGUCUUCUUUGCACUCAAGAUGCCCCUAAGCUUCGGCCUUCAAUGUCACGUGUUGUGAAGAUGUUAAAGGGGGAGAUGGAGGAGGAGAAGGAUAAUAUUACAAAGCCUGGGCUGAUAACUGAUUUCAUGGAUCUCAAGAUUAAAAACCCUCAGAAAACUAAGCCUGCAAGUGUUAAAGCUGCUUAUGAUUAUAUAUUAUCUUCAGAAUCUGAUAGUUCAACUUUGGCAUCUCAAGCUUCUUCCCAGACCUUGACUACAAUCGAUUAAAGUACCGAGUGUCUGAGUGCCAAUAUUUUAAAGCCAUUUAGGCGGUGAGGGAGCUUGUAACUUUCGUUGAUUCCUUUUUAGUUUCGUGGCAAGUAGUGAAGUAUAUAUAGAUCAUAGAUGUGCAUACAAAUAUAGCCUGUCUAUAUUCAUUAUUUGUGAUCAUAGUAGUGGACUUUCAUUUAGAAGGCUAUCUGGGCAUUUAUUUAGUUUUAGCCUCUUAGGUGAUACUCCAGAUAAGAGUUAUCGAUCUUGCAAAAAAAAAAAAAGAGUUAUCGAUUUUCUUAAAAAAAAAACAGAUUUUCC